CAGUGAGGUUGCAUAAGUUUAAGUGACACAACUAUAAAAUCAAAUAUAUUAUGGUACGUGCUGAAAUAUAAUCGAGAGCAAGGAAGAACUUUCUGGUGCAAUCAAUCACACAACAAUUUCUUAUUUUCCGAGGCCAAAAGAUUCAGGUUCAAUGUCACUUGUUUAGUUAUUUUUAUGAUAUAUUCUUAUCAUUUAUUCAUUUUCAUCCACACAAAAUUAAUCGAAUGUUUAUUUGAUUUUAGGAUUUUUAUACUAAUACACAAAAUUAUUUCGCAAUUAAAAAACACCUGUUCGUUUUGAAUACAUGAAUUGAAACUCUAUUAUGUUAUAACUGGUUAAAAAAUUUUUUGUCAAAUAUCUUAAAAUAACUUUUUUUUUAACCUUUAAAAAAUUGAUAAAAAAAAUUUAUGAAGGAUGAUAUUUACCGGAGGAUUCCGGGAAACUUAGACUACGUCCAAUUUCUUGCCACCUUUUCUGAUUGAGUAGAACCAGUUUAAUUAAUGCUGAUGUUAAUUUAGUGUUUCUUUAAUCCUUUGAUUAGCAUUUAUUAAAUUGGUAAUUACGUAAGAUAUAGAUAUAGCAUUAAUAUAUUAUGGCAUUAUUUAUGUUAAUUAAGGUCAUAGUCUUUGUAAAGUGUAUAGUAAACCCCAGUUCUUUUCUUUUCUCGUUCAAUCAGCAAUUUAAGAGGCUAAAUGACAAUUUCCACUUAAAUUUGGAUGAACUGACAUUUUUUGUUUAAAGUUUGAAAAACCUAUUUUUUAACCCAUUAGUGAAGUCUCAUAAUAUAUUUUAAUAUAUAAUCGAAUUAGUCGUUACAAACCCAAUAGUACAGAAUAAUUACAUUUUCAUAUUAGUUAUUUGCUAUUUUUCUUUUUCUUCUCCAACAUCUUUUUCUUAUUCUUUCUCAUUUUUUGAGCACUAUAAAUCAUUGGGGAAGAUCUAAUGAACUUAAUUGGACAUGUUUAUAAACCAUAGACAGUUGAACAAGAUGUAAUCGAGAACACAACUUAUUGGAUGUAAGAUUCGAAAAGCGAAAGCAACUGAUCCUAUUUUUUAAAGUUCAUAAAUUGUUAUCACAUUCUACUAAUAAACAAUGAGACUGCACGUCUAUUCAUAAACAUUAUUUCUCUGAAGAGUGUUUAACCCACAUUAUGCUUGGGUUUGUAAUUAUGUAGCAUUAAUGGAUUAUCUUAUCAAUAUUGAAGAAGAUGUGCAUUCGCUUGUUAGAAAUCGAAUUAUUUUCCUUUGUAUGGGGGACACUGCUUCAGUAGGAAAUACGUUUAACAAACUUUAUCAAAACGUACAUAGUAUACAAAAACAAAGAGAAGAACUGCGACGUGUCAGUGGGCUGUGGCUGUGAGUUGUGACAUUUGAGAGAGAAGGAUUCUACACACUGAUAUCACACUUGUAUCUCUUGGAGUGUGAAAUUCAGAGCAAUGAACUCGAAGAUUACUGCAGCCUUUGAGAAUGGAGAUCUGAUCAAAGAGUUGCUAAUUGACAUUAAAGACUUGAAGCCCGAGUCGAAUCCUGAUCGGCGCUGUAUUUUCAGGGUGCCUAAAAAGAUUCGUAGUGUAAAAGAAGAACUCUACACUCCUGAGUUAAUUUCAAUUGGUCCUCUUCACCAUGGCAAACCAAAAUUAGCUGAUAUGGAAAAGAAGAAGAAACAGUAUAUGAAAAGCUUUCUUGAACGAACAACAAUAAAGGAAAUAGAUAAAAUUUUAAGCUUCAUCAAGGAUAAUGAAAAACAGAUUCGUGAUUGUUAUGCAGAAGUAUCUACAUUUAAGAGUCAUGAGUUUGUUAGGAUGAUUUUUUAUGAUUCUAUCUUCAUCAUGGAAAUCUUCUUAAGAGAGAGGUUUCAAGAAAGAAUUGAUAUAGAUAUAUACUCACUAAGCUCUAGUUUAUGGAUCGACCUGCAAUUAUUUGAAAAUCAACUUCCAUAUUUUAUCCUUGAGCAAAUAUACAAGUUGGCUUUCGAUGGCACCGACUUACCUACUUUCAUGGACCUUUCUGUUAAUUUCUUUAGCUCUUUUAUAGGUGUAAAAUUUAGUAGAAUAACGCCCGAGGUGGAAGUUAAACAUUUCACAGAUUUGAGUAGAAUUAGUCUACUUGAAGCCUACCCAAGAUCAGAGUCAGCCGAAAAAAGGGUUUAUGAUUUACCUUGUGCAAUAAAGUUACAUGAGUCAGGAAUAAAAUUCAAGGGUAUUAUUAAAGAAGAACAGAGCUUACUUGAUAUAAAAUUUGAAAAGCGAAAACGGUUGAUCCCAUUUUUUGAAGUCCAUGAAUUGAAGAUACCACAGCUAGUUGUAGCUGACGAGACUGAACUUCUACUCAGAAACAUUAUUGCUUUGGAGCAGUGCAUUUACCCAAAUGAUGCUCUGGUUUGCAAUUAUGUUGAACUGAUGGAUUUUCUUAUCAAUACUAUAGAAGACGUGGAUUUGCUUGUUGGAAAUCAGAUUAUUUCCAAUCAUAUGGGGGACAAUGCUUCAGUGGCAAAUAUGUUUAACAGACUUUGUUCAAAUGUACUUAUACGCCCAUCAGCUUACCACAACUUAUGCAAUGAGCUCAAAGAACACUACAACAGUCCCUGGUACAGAGCCAAGGCAACUUUGAAAAGAGUAUAUUUCAGCAAUCCAUGGAGAGGCACAGCAACUGUCGCAGCAAUAAUACUCUUGUUUCUUACUGUCGUACAAACCGUAUGUUCUAUUUGGCAAGUUGUGUAAUUUUAAUUGAUAAUUGUAUUAGAUCCAAUAUCUACUUGUAUUAUUGUAAUAUUCAGUGUGAAGCUCCUUGUUUUAAUAAGAAUAUGUGUUUGUAUA